AUGUCGCGUCAACCACAGCUUCCAAAUGGCCUUCCUCCUCGACCUUCUGCAUCUUUUUGGGAUAGAGAUAGAGACAGAGAUAGAAAUGAAAGAAAUUACAACCACAGUACACCCGAAAGGAAUCGUCGCGACAUGGGAGAUUCUUAUCACCCUCGUCCUUCACAAUACGACAGUUAUGUACCCCACACUGCAAACCGCGAUCGCGAAAUAUUUCAAUUUAAUGGCCACAAUCCUCCUCCAACAGCCUAUGGAAGUUAUGCUCCUGGUGUUCAACCUCCUCGUCGUCCUGCUGGGGCUGGUGAUACUUAUCGUAUGAAUGAUGGAUAUCGCCCUCCCCCUCCCCCGAGCUUCGAUUUCCGUUACGAUGCACCACAAUCCAUUGAUUUCGAACAUACCGACAGAUUUCAAUCUCGCGCACAAGGUCGCAACAAUCAUUCUAGCAGUAAUAGAGAUCGGAAUGAAGAUCAUCUUCGUCGUCGACGCGAAAAAGAUCGACGUGACAUUAAUCGUGGACGUGGUGGCUACCGUGGUCGAGGUGGUCCAAGGUUGGCAUCAGAUCGUCUCUUUUUAAAAGGGAAGCGCUCGCCUACUCCUGAACUCAUGCCAGGCAUGAACGAAGAUGCUGCUACUGAUGUCAAGUACAGAGAUGUCGGCGACUUAUCCGACAGUGAUGAAGCUGAGAUGGAAAUGUCGGAUGAUGAUGACAAUAAUGAUCAACCUAAGAAGAAGAUGGCUCGUACUAGUGUAAAAACCGCAGAUGCUGACAGUGUUCCGAAAUGGUCAAACCCCGAUCCUUACACGGCCCUUCCACCACCAGGCGAAUCUGACCGAAAGAAGAAAGAUGUCGUUAAGCUUAUUCGAAAGGCACGUGUUACAUCUGGUCAAGAAGGCCCUACCAAAAUAGAUGCUGCUCAGGACGACUUCAUCUCUUUUGAUUUUGGUGCCCCAGAAACUAUCGACAGUGAAGAAGAUGAAUACGAACCGCGAGCCUUCGAUCAGUCCGAACCCGGUUCAGCUAGAUCUUUCAGUCACCUUGAAAACAUUCGAAAGUUUGACAUGCCUCAACAACCACAGAGCUACGCCAGUGAGACCAGAGAAGUUGCUACACAGCUAACGACCGUCAACAGCAUGCCUGGGGAUGUUAUCCAAACUCCAAAAAGAGCGUCCAAACCAUUGGAUCUAUCAACCGACCCCGCUUUAGGUAGCAGGAAGCGCACCGUUAGCGACGUGAUUAAGCCUCCACCACUUGUGAAUAAGCUCAUCCCUGGUAAGCCUCCCAGGUCCAGUGGCGUCCUUCUUCCAGAGUGGCGCGUUAAGCCGGGGAUGGACGACGCUCCUUGGCUACAGGACCAUUCUGAUACGUCCAAUAUGGGAUUCUGGUUACAUAAAGAAAUCAUGGACUUUUACCAUUAUGUCAAACCUCGCAAAUUUGAAGAAGUGAUUCGACAGAGGCUGCUUGUCAAUUUGAGAGAAAAUUUUCGCAAAUACUAUCGAGAUGCCGAUAUACUGGCUUUCGGCUCUUUUCCCGCAGGCCUCUAUCUUCCUACUGCUGACAUGGAUGUUGUUAUGGUCUCAAACCAGUAUAUGGAUGGCGGAUAUCCAAAAUACAACAGCAAAAGUCACAUCUGGCGUGUUAAAGGGAAUGUUGAAAAAGAUCGCCUCAAUACUGGUAGAAUUGAGGUGAUCGUCGGUGCUAAAGUGCCUCUUGCAAAAUGGGUGGAUGGCUUUACCGGCCUGAAGGUUGACAUGUCGUUUGAAAAUGACACAGGGCUAAUCGCAAACAAGACUUUCCAAGAGUGGAAGGCUCAAUUCCCCGCAAUGCCCAUAUUAGUUACGAUUAUCAAGCAUUUAUUGGCAAUGAGGGGCUUGAAUGAGCCGGUCAAUGGUGGCAUUGGAGGAUUUUCUGUUACUUGCCUUGUCGUAAGUCUUCUACAGAACAUGCCACAAGUCAAGAGUAAAACGAUGAUACCAGAACACCAUCUUGGUGAGGUCUUGAUGGAAUUUCUCGACCUUUAUGGUAACGAGUUUAAUACGCGGACUACUGCGAUUUCGACGAACCCUCCUAAACUUUUUUCAAAGUCUUCGGCUCGUGACCUCUAUAGAGAUUUCGAUAAGCCGAAGUUUUCUAUAAUCGACCCAAACAAUUCCGACAAUGACAUUGCAGGCGGUUCAAAAAACACUCCUGCAAUUCAAGACUGCUUUUCUGCUGCCUUUUCUGCUUUGCUGCAGAGCAUGAACACAUUGCAAAAUGCUGACCUGGAGACUCGCCGAAAUCAAAGUCUUCUUCGAUGUAUUAUUGGUGGAAACUACGAAUCUUUCAAGCUUCAAAGAGACCACCUUGCCCACCUACAUGAACAACUGAUUGGUCCAAUUGAAGAUGAGUAG